CUUCAUCCAUCCCCCCUCACCACCUCUCUCGGUAUAUAAGGACACCGAAGAGACGACAUCGACUCACUUCAUCAGCUUCCUCAUCGGCUUGCCAGUUUACCAGCGCUACGCGGCCACAUACGCACCCACACACACACACACACACACACAUUCACCAAGAUGACCGACAAGACCUUGACGUACCAAAUGAAUCAGAUGUGUUUCCAGCCUGGCCUUAAACCAAAGCAGGUGAUAAGCUGCUACGACUCCUGGUCUGCUUCCUACGACGAGAUGAUGGUCGAUGGGACUUAUAAUGGACCAAAAAUGGCUCUCGAAGAAGUCCUAGAUCAUGUCCCUGUCCACCUGCGGUCCACUUGUCGUGUCCUGGAUGUGGCGGCGGGCACGGGACAGUUGGGCACGAUGCUGGCCAGCACAGGCUUUAGGCUUCUGGACGCUGUAGAGCCCUCCCUGGGAAUGUUGAGAAUACUACGGGAGAAGAAUGUGUAUAAUACUCUUUAUGAUGUUUACAUGGGGAAUGACGACACCAUGAUUCCUUCAGACACCUAUGACGUAGUGGUAGUGGUGGGAGCGAUGGGGGAGAAUCAUUUGCCUGUCACUAGUGUGGAUGAUAUGAUCUCCGUAACUAAACCAGGUGGCUUGGUGAUAAUAGUGAUGAGAAAGGAAAACCUGGUGACUGUUGAGGCUUACAGAGACAAACUGCAGCCUCAUAUGGACGCUCUGGUAGAGAGAGGCUUCUGGAAGAGAGUAACCCACAAAGUGGUCCCAUAUUACUUCUGCGACAAGGACGGACUCGUACUUACCUACAAAGUGCUGUAACACACACACACACACACACACACACACACACACACACACACACACACAUCGUCAGCAUGGGAAUCGUCAGUUUUCGGAAGCUUUGGCCAGACGGGCACCAUACGCCGAAGUGAUAUUUAUUGAUGCUGGCGGUGUCGUGUAACAUUUUGCAGGUGUGUGUGUGCUCUGAACUCUUUUAACCUGUUCAAUUUAGAACAGGAGUCUGAAGCAAGAGUUCUGCUGAAAUCGUGUUUACACCGAUCAUUCAAACAACUAUACACGUGAAGCAAGACACAAAGCUAUUAGGAACUGACUUUGCUUUGCAGGAAAAACAAAAUGCGUGGGGGUAAAAUGUGUAAGAUUCUUACUCACAAAGUUUUUUUUUUUUUUUUUUCCUCUGUGAGGGAAAAAAAAAUGUUCACCAUCACGCUUAUGACAAAUGGCAAGCAAAUAACAUUGAGGAUUUUUGUCGUCCUUCUUCAAAGUUAUAAGUUUCCUUCCGUAGCGCAACAAAGCGUCAGUAAGAACCCCGAGCUGAAGCGUCAUGGAGAAAUUUAUCUAUUAUUACUAAUUUGCCCUAAUAAGAGUUAAUUAACGAAGAAUAUAACGAGUUAUCAAUACAACAAAUAAAUAUGCUAAUACUUGGUUAUUAGGGAGCUUUAAAAGAAGAUUAAAUAAAUUUAUAUGGAUGGGAUGAUAGGUAGAAAUAGGCAAGUUUCAUGUAAGCACUGCUACGUGUAAACCUGAUGGCUUCUUGCAGCUCUCUUUAUUGUUCUCUUCUAUGUUGUUAUGACCAAAAUACAACAGUCCCAUUCCACUAAGAAGCAAGUCUUGGUAGUGCUGAACAAAACUCUUGAGACGAAGUGACAAUAGUUACUUAUAUAAUAUAUAGUAUAGUAUAUAGUAUAGUAUAGUAUAUAGCAUAUAGUAUGUAGUAUAUAUAUAUAAGGUAGUCGAUAGUACUUAGAGAAUGACGAUUAUAGGUAGUACAGUGACGACAUGUAUGAGAAAGAAAUGUACACUUUUUGAUGUAUGUGUGGUGUCAACAAACAAAGGCCCCGUCGUGGGCACCUUCUGCCUUUCAUUUUGUUUGCUUCGCUUUCUUAUUGUUAUUUGUUUUAGAUUUAUUGUUAUUUUUAUUGGCAUGUUGCUUCAUUGAUUUUUUUUUUUUUCAAUGUAGAUUUCGUUUAUUCUUAAUAUUCUGUCGCAUUUCCUAAUUUAAAACAUAAUGUGUUUAUUUUUUUAUAAUUAACCAGAAUAUAUAAUGUUUCGUUUGCAAAACAAACAAAUAGAAAAAAAAUAAAUAAACGAUGAAAAGAGAAAAUAUAUUGAUAUAUAAGUUCGUU